AUGGAGUUCAGCAGCAGAGCGCGGCAGCGGCACCUGAGGCUGGCGGGGGACAGGCGGGAGCCGUACCCCCACAGCCUGCAGUUCUACCAGGAGCCCCCCACCGAGAGCAUCUCGCUGGUCGAGUUCGAGAGCUUCGCCGUGGACCGCCUGAGGCUGCUCAAGGUAGUUGAAAACCUUGGUGUGAGCUAUGUAAAAAGUGGUGAUGCGUACAAAACUAAGCUGGAGACUGAGCUCCGGAAACUUAAGUUUCCCUACAGAGCUUUGGCUGAGGAUGAUUAUGAUGCAAGAAGGAAGGAUCAUAUUUCUCAUUUCAUAUUGCGCCUUGCUUACUGUCAGUCUGAGGAACUCAGACGUUGGUUUCUUCAACAAGAAAUGGAUCUGUUUCGAUAUCGCUUCCACGAACUGACUGACAGCCUGAGGCAGAAAUUCUUGGAUCAUGUUAACUUAUCAUUUGAAGCUAUUAGUGAAGACCUGAAAAAUGAAUUGGCAAAUGAGCUGUUCAUGUCAACUCCUGGCCUCAGUAUGACUAAAGUAAAAGAGCAAAUGUUUUAUAAGGUUGGACUGUCAGAUGCUGUUGAUCUGUUUAGAGCAAGAAGAGUGUUUAUUAAAGAUGGAUUUGCAUUUGUGCCACUGAAGGACAUUGAUGCUAUUGUUUUGAAUAACUAUAGAAAAAACUUAUCUAAAGCACUGGCGCUGACAGCACGAUCACUGCCUUCCAUACAGUCUGAUGAGAGACUACAACCACUGCUUAAUCAUCUCAGCCAUUCUUACGUUGGCCCAGAUUACAGCGUACAAAAAAACACUGGAAAAAUUGCUCUAGAGCACAUCGAUGCUCUUUCUGUGAAAUCAUUCCCUCUUUGCAUGCGCCAGUUGCACAAAGCCCUACGUGAGAACCAUCACCUCCGUCAUGGAGGCCGUAUGCAAUAUGGACUUUUCUUAAAAGGCAUUGGUUUGACUCUAGAACAGGCACUGGAGUUUUGGAAGAAGGAAUUUAUCAAAGGAAAAGUGGAUGCAGACAAGUUUGACAAAGGAUACGCGUACAGCAUUCGCCACAACUAUGGGAAAGAAGGAAAGAGAACAGACUAUACCCCGUACAGCUGCAUGAAGAUUAUCAUGUCCAAUCCACCAAGUCAAGGGGAUUAUCAUGGAUGCCCAUUCCGCCACAGUGAUCCUGAGCUACUGAAGCAGAAGCUGCAGUCGUACAAGGUUCCUCCCAGUGGAGUAACUCAGAUCCUGGAAUUGGUGAAGGGCAUGCAUUACCAGCUGGCGUGUCAGAAGUACUUUGAAUUGACACAUGAUGUUGAUGACAUUGGAUUUUCUUUGAAUCAUCCUAAUCAGUAUUUUGCAGAAAGUCAAAGGAUAUUAAGUGGUUGUAGAGAAGUGAAGAAGGAACCGAGUCAUUUGGGAAACUCUCAGCAAAGAAAUAAUAGUCAGGAAAGCGUGAAUUCAAAUUCUACUCCCACCACUUCAAAUAUGACUGCUGAUGCAGAGCUGGAGGGACUGGAGGCAUACUUCACUGAAGAUUAAGCAACUAUGGAGUUGUAGAAAUCCAUCCUGAAAAAGGCUGCACUCCAGAGACUGAAGUUUGAAGCAGCAAGGAGUUACAGACAGUGAUGCUGGUGAAGCACCAGACAGCACUCCACUGAUGUGUGGGACUGUUGGACUCCAGUGAUGUGAAGGAUUCUAUGGAAUCCACAGAUGAUUGAAGGAUUUUCACCUGAAGGUUUUCAAGUGCCUUUGUAAGUGGUGACAGUGCUCUAAUUUUGAAUUGCUUCUGCCCUGACUCUCCUAAAUGAUGACAUUGUCACUUUAAUCACAUUGCAGUUAAAAUUCUUAGCACUUUCCUUACCUUUACUCUGAAAUCUGUUACGUUGGGAAUGGGGACUCCCUGUUUAUAUAUCUUCAUUGAUUGUUACAUUAGUAGAAUAUAAUUAUUUUUAGGAAUUCAAACAUAGAAUUUAAAAUAGGUCUCUGUUACAGGGAAGAAUAUAACCUCACUUAUCCUCUGUUAAGUGGAUAAAUCUUAAUCUAGAAUGCAAUGAACAUAACAUUAUUUGACCUUCGCUAGUUUACUGCUGGUUUAUGUCUCAGCUCAAAUGACUUUGAACUGUAUUUUCUAUUUUCUUCCCUUUUGUUACCUGCCAGGUGAAUUGCAAAAAAUAAAAUAAAAUAAAAUAAAAUAAAAUAGCAGUACAUACAAAUUAGUGCAUACAGUUAUAAGUAGCUUACAAAAUGUAAUUAAUGUUUUUCUUUUUUGUCCUAUUCAAAAACAAUUUAAGGCAAUUUAUUUUCAAAUUUUUUACCAUCUUGAAUUUGAAAGCAGAAUAUUUCUAAUUUGUUUAUUGGUAAAAACCCAAAAUGAGAAUAUUCCCUCUCAGCAGCUGGACACUGAAGAGUUAUUUGUCUUCCAGAGCUUUUGAACACUAACUGCCAUGUAAUUUAAAUAAGAAUCACUUGUUCCUCGAUUGUAGAGCUGUUUGAGAUUGGAAAGGCAAAAUCAGUAUGAAUAUGUAAAUCAGUCAUUUAGAAAAGCUUUUCCUGCAUUGUUGUAAUUCUGUUUCAAAAUUACAUCUAGUUAGAAGACAAAACCAAGUGAGUCUGAUAUGAUCAUGCAGUAGUCAAGAAAGAAGUACAAAAGAAACAAACUCUACUCUUUUACAGCUUGACAAGAACAUGUAUUUCUAAAGUAAAAGGCUGCAGAUAGAUCUGUUUGCAAACGUGCUCUCUUAGUCCUCCUUCCAAGAGGCUCUUUAAACUUCUGUUAUACUUUGUGUCUUCAAGAAGCUCAAACUUUGACAGUGUGAAAUUGUUGUCGGUGAGACACUUGUGUGUUCUGGGUCAAUAAAGAUGGUGUUAAGAGAAUACAUGGUUGCAUUUCUGAGAGGAUGCAUGCAACUGUCCGUCACCAAAAGACUGCUCUGUUCAGCCAUGAUGU